AGCUUUAGCCUCAGUGCUUCCAGUGACUAUUCAGGGUUGAUUUCCUUUAGGAUUGACUGGUUUGAUCUGAUCAGCAUCACACACUUUUAAUAAUAGAGGCUUUGUCAUGUGUAGUAUAUCUGGUAGGGCUAGUCCCUCUUCACAGCUUGUUCAUUUUCAUCAUUUUCCUAGAUGUUCUGUUUGAAUUUCAGUGCCAGUUUGACUAGGUCUACAAAAACUACUUUUAUUGAGAUUUUUGAUGAAGCUGAGGUUUCCUGACCAAGAACAAGGGAUAUUUAAGUCGUCUUUUGUCUUUUCAGGAAUUAUAAGUUCCUGUAGGUUUUUGCAUAUUUCUUGUUUAUUCCUGAAUGGUGUAUCAUUUCGUACAUUUCAUAUCAUUUCAUAGCUAUUAUAAAUAAGGUUUUCUCAUUCAUUGUUUAUUUAAUGAGUUAUUAUUUGUGGAUAUGAAGGCUGUUGAUAUUUGCACAUUAAUUUUUAUCUGCUACUACCUGACUCAAUUUUUUGAUUGUUUGGGUUGGACUUGUCAUUGUUUUUCUUAGAGUUUUCCAGGCAUAUUCUCAUAGCAUCAGCACAUUUGUACUUCUGCCUGUAAUUGUAUUCUACAGUCGAAUUGCAUUGGCUGAUCCCUCCAACAGAAUGUUAAACAGUCAUGUAGAUCUGGUCCCUGACCUUCAUGGGAAUGCCUCUGGUGCUUCCUUAUUAGGUUCAUGGCUGCUUCCUAAUCCCGGAGCCCAGAGGAAGCAUCUCUAGAACCGUGGGGGUGUGAGCCAGGCAAGCUGAGGGCAGCCUUGAGCCCUACCCUUCCUGCCUCCCCUGCGGGGGCCAGGAUGCUGAAGAAGCAGUCUGCAGGGCUUGUGCUGUGGGGCGCCAUCCUCUUUGUGGCCUGGAACGCCCUGCUGCUCCUCUUCUUUUGGACACGCCCAGCGCCUGGCAGGCUACCCUCAGACAGUGCUCUUGAUGAUGACCCCGCCAGCCUCACCCGAGAGGUGAUCCGCCUGGCCCAGGACGCCGAGGUGGAAUUGGAGCGGCAGCGGGGCCUGUUGCAGCAGAUCAGGGAGCACCAUGCUAGGUGGAGCCAGCGGUGGAGGGUACCCACCGUGGCCCCGCCUGUCCCGCCGCGAGUGCCUGUGACCACUCCACCAGCUGUAAUCCCCAUCCUGGUCAUCGCCUGUGACCGCAGCACUGUUCGGCGCUGCCUGGACAAGCUGCUGAAUUACCGGCCUUCAGCUGAACGCUUUCCCAUCAUCGUCAGCCAGGACUGCGGUCAUGAGGAGACAGCCCAGGUUAUCGCCUCCUACGGCAACGCUGUCAUGCACAUCCGGCAGCCCGACCUGAGCACCAUUGCAGUGCCACCUGACCACCGAAAGUUCCAGGGCUACUACAAGAUUGCUCGGCACUACCGCUGGGCACUGGGCCAGGUCUUUCACGAGUUCAAGUUCCCGGCAGCCGUGGUGGUAGAGGAUGAUCUGGAGGUGGCUCCAGACUUCUUCGAGUACUUUCAGGCCACUUACCCACUGCUGAGGGCCGACCCCUCCCUCUGGUGUGUGUCUGCCUGGAACGACAAUGGCAAGGAGCAGAUGGUGGACUCCGGCAAGCCCGAGCUGCUCUACCGCACAGACUUUUUCCCUGGCCUGGGCUGGCUGCUGUUGGCUGAGCUCUGGGCUGAGCUGGAGCCCAAGUGGCCCAAGGCCUUUUGGGACGACUGGAUGCGCCGGCCAGAGCAGCGGCAGGGCCGGGCCUGCGUGCGGCCCGAAAUCUCCAGAACAAUGACCUUUGGCCGCAAAGGUGUGAGCCACGGGCAGUUCUUUGACCAGCACCUCAAGUUUAUCAAGCUGAACCAGCACUUCGUGCCCUUCACCCAGCUGGACCUGUCGUACCUGCGACAGGAGACCUACGACAGGGAUUUCCUUGCACGUGUCUAUGGUGCUCCCCUGCUGCAGGUGGAGAAAGUGAGGACCAGUGAGCGGAGCGAGCUGCAGGAGGUGCGAGUGCAGUACACGAGCAGGGACAGCUUCAAGGCCUUUGCCAAGGCCCUGGGAGUCAUGGAUGACCUCAAGUCUGGGGUCCCCAGGGCCGGCUACCGCGGCGUUGUCAGCUUCCUGUACCGGGGCCGCCGUGUCCACCUGGCCCCACCCCAGACCUGGGAGGGUUAUGAUCCUAGCUGGAAUUAG